AUGCCGAGCUUCCACCUACCUGAAGAUCGUCUCCUGCCUGUGAAAUUAGAUGAUUUUCGGAAUGUUCUUAUCCGUCAAGAAGAGACAAUUAUCUUUGCACUAAUUGAACGGGCUCAAUUCCCACAUAAUCCAGAAGUUUACGUAAACGUGAAAGAAAGCAAAAGUGCAGCAUUUGGUGGAUUAAAGGGAAAGUAUACGACAUUUGAUGGCAGUCUAUUGGAGUUUAUGCUCCUUGAGACGGAGAAAUUACAUGCUUUGGCACGUCGAUAUACGUCUCCGGAUGAAAAUGCUUUUUUCCCACAUCUUUUACCUGAACCCAUUUUGCCCAUUGUGGACUACCCGCGGGUCUUGAAUCCUAACCGGAUUAAUAUCAAUAAUCAGAUCAUGAGUGUCUAUCAAGAGAAAAUUCUCUCUGGACUGACGAUACACAAUAGUGAUGACACGGCGUACGGAUCUACUGCAACAGCAGAUAUUGCAGUAUUGCAGGCGCUUAGUAAGCGUAUUCAUUUUGGCAAAUUCAUUGCUGAAGCCAAAUUCCAGGCAGAGACGGAACGGUACACAAAACUUAUUCUUGAGAAUGAUGCUGCUGGAAUCAUGGAGGCACUUACCAAUUUGACAGUUGAAAAGAAAGUGCUUGAGCGUGUAAAGCAAAAAGCCUCGACUUAUGGCCAAGACCCAAAUGCUCCAGCUGCGUCAUUUGAGGAACUGAAGGUGGACCCGCAACUGAUCUCGGAUCUGUACCGUGACUUUGUGAUGCCUCUUACAAAGGAAGUGCAAGUGCAGUACUUGCUGCAGCGUAUCGCACACCCGUCGAUCGCUGUUGCGGGUGUGGAGGGCUCAUUUUGCUGGCUGGCAGCACAGGCGCAUUUUGGAGAAGAAACACUUCAGAAAGAACAGUUGCUACAGGCCGAAUCAAUUAGCAAGGUCUUUUACAAUGUCAACGCAAACCGCACGGCCUACGGUGUCGUUCCUAUCGAGGAUUCUCAUCUGGGAAUGAUCAAGGAGACGCAGGCACAGCUGAUGCGUAGCUCGCUGAAGGUGUCUGCUGAGAUUGUAAUUACGCGGUCGUUUGUUUUUGCGGCUAAGGACAAGCACCUCGGCAAGAACUCUGACGUGAAGAAAGUCUUCUGCUCUACGGACACUGACGCACGGCUGCUUGUUCAGGCAGAACAAAGCUGGCCAAGCGCGCAGAUAGUCGCGGUUCUCAAUGUCUCGGAGGCAGCGCGUCGUGCUUUCGAUGAAGUGUCGACGGUAGCGAUAACUACGUCGACUGCCGCUGCGUCUAACGGCUUGGAGGAGGUUGACACGAGCCAUGCGCUGGCGUCUGAAGGUAUUGUCUUGGAAGGGAAGUCAUCUUUUAUCCGCUUUGUGAUUGUUUCAAAGGGCUACCCCGCGGCCACCGGGAAGGACAAGUCAUGUCUGGGCAUGGAGAUUGAGCAUGAAGUGGGCUCUUUACUCAAUGCACUGGAUGUAUGGAAGAACCACGGAAUCAACCUCACAUGUCUCGAGUCUUUCUACAAACAGCAGGGUGGCUACGGCUUCUUCGUGGAGAUCAUGGGCCACUUUGACGAUGCCUGUGUGCGUCAAGCUGUAGAUGAGCUGCAGUCAGUUUGCACUGUCAAGCAUCUUGGCUCGUUCCCCAUUGCAAAGCGCCUAGUCCAGAGCUAA